AUGCCAUCCCUGCUGGACGUGCUGGGAUGGCGCUGGAAGGAUCAGGCAAACUUUACCUCCCCGGCGCCGCCGACGAUGGAUCAGAGCCGGGAGCUGGCGAAGGACCUUGUGCUGGCAGGGAAGCCUCUGGAAGCUGCUGUCUUUCUGUGCCCAGGCUGGAAGCAUGGGCAGACGUUCACGGCUUCACAGGACCCUGAUCGCAUCGAGUUGUCCUGGGAGCCACCCAGGUUUGUGAAAGAGAAGGAUCCCGUGCGGCUACGCGAGAAGACCUGGGCCGAGGAGCUGGCCGUCUCCGGCGAUCGACGCACCUUUGCGCGUGUGGUCCACAACGUCCUCGACGAGGACGAUUGCGCUGACCUGAUCCGCUGCAUCAACCAGAAAGGCUUCACGCCGGCGCUGCUGAACAUCGGCAAAGGACGCCAGCGUUUCGAGCCAGACGUCCGAAAUGGCCACCGUGCCAUCGUAGAUAGCCAGGAGCUAAGCUCCUACCUUCUAGAGAUGCUCCGGCCGCACCUCCCCGAGAUGCUGGAAGGCAGCCGCCUCGUCGACUUAAACGAGCGCUGCCGCGUGCUGUGCUACACGCCCGGGCAGGAGUUCGGUCCUCACUACGACGGGUGCUUCGUCCGGCCGAAGGGCAGCCGCAACGAAGGUGACGAAUCCAUGGUCACAGUGCAGCUUUAUCUCCACGAUGUCCCAGAAAGUUCUGGCGGUGCCACUACCUUUCUGGCCGGAGGGCGAGGAGCUGGUCCAAAGGAAGCUCUGCCAUGCCAGCCCAGGGCCGGCUCUGCUCUCCUCUUCACUCAGAAUCUUCUCCAUGAGGGCUCUUUGGUCACCAGCGGCCUGAAGUACACACUUCGGACAGAAGCGAUGUACCGGCCGACUGCUUGA